AUGUGCACAGGCCGGCUGGCCCUCACCCUCCUGUCUGUGCUGAGCCUGGGUACCCAGGCCUUCAACAGCCAGCUUGUCAAGUGCUUUGAGGACCCCCAGUAUGAAGAGAUGGUGCGGCUGGCCCAAGACGGGCUGGGGCCGACGGCAGAAAGGAAACAGAUAGUGGUGAUUGGGCGGGCAGGGCAGGGCUCACCGCUGCCAAGACCCUACAGGACGCUGGCCACCAGGCUCUCUCAUGAGCUCAUCAGGAAGUCUGGGCUAAAGCUCAGUAAGUUCCGCGCCUCCAACAACCAGAGCUGGGUGCUGGUGGUGGAGGAGCUGAAAAGCAGUAGCUGCAGCCAGGUGCUGGAGAGGUACGACUCCUUCUCCACCCAGGGAUACCUGAUUAAGGUGGGGAACCUGAGCCGGGGGGCCAUGCAGUUGACUGGGGAGCUGCUGAAUGCAGAUCCUGGCUACUACGAGGCCUUCUUGGAGACCCUGCAUGCCAUCAUCUCCCUCUUCCAGGAGCCCCAGUUCGAUGAAAUCGCUGGGGGCUUUGACCAGCUCCCCCAGGCCCUGCAUGCUGCCCUCUUGCCCGGGACAGUCCAGCUCCACUCGCCAGCAGAGGAGGUAGAGUCAUACGGAGACCACGUCCACAUCACCUACCAAACGCCUGACCCUCUGCAGACCAGGGAGGACGCACUGCGAUCCGUCCACUACAGCAGUGCCACCAAAGUGAUCCUGACGUGCACGCAGCAUUUCUGGGAGCAAAAAGGCAUCUUAGGGGUAGUCCAUGACCUCCCCAAGGAGGAGGUGCGGGCCCUGUGCCCCUAUUCCAUGGUCAAGCAUUGGAGCCAGGACCCCUACUCCAUGGGCGGCUUUGCCUUCUUCACUCCCUACCAGUAUGUGGACUAUGCCCAGGAACUCUGCCAGCCAGAAGGACAGGCCCACUUUGCUGGUGAGCACACAACCCUGCCCCCCGGCUGGAUUGACACAGCAAUCAAAUCACGGCUCAGGGCAGCACAGAACAUCCAAGAGGCUGUGGGCAUGGCUUUGACCAAGGACCCCAGAGACCCAAAGAACCCCACUCCAAAAUGGAGCUAUAGCUACACUUGA